AUGGUGAGAAAUUAACAUACAAAUAUCCAAAAUUUGUUUCAAUUUUAUUAUCAAAUUACAUUAUUAUUUUGGAACUUACAUAAUUAAAAUAAAAUUUUUUAUAUCUUUCAAGUUGCUUCUUUUUUCAAUUGCUAUAAAAUGCUUAAAAAUAAAUAUGAUCAGUUCUAAGCUGCAAGAGUCAUUGCUCAUUGA